CGCGUGGCAACGGUUGCGUUGAUGCUGCAUCUCCAUGGCGACGGCCUGCCUCCGUCCCUUGCCCUGAGCAUCCCGGCCGGUCAUUCUGUCCGGCCUUUCUCUCUCUCUCUCUCUCUCUUUCUCUCCGGCCAUGGAGAAGAAGCAGCAGCCAGGGCCAGUGCCGGGUCCGGGGCCCUGCCCGGUGGUGGCCCCCAAGAAGCGUCCCCGCGGGGAGUUCCCACGGCCCCCGCGCCGCCUGCGCCGCUCCGCCAGCCAGAUCUGCCCCCCGCCCCGCCGGCCCAUGACCCUGGCCGACCUCAGCCCCGGGUGCGAGAACGAGCGCCUCGGCGUCGCCCGCCACACCAUGCUCCAGAACCCACGCAUCGCCAAGCCCGAAGUGGGGAAGCCCCGCCGGAGCUGCUAUACCCUUCCGGGCUAUGACUUCAAUUAUGGGCUGUAUUUGCAUGGACUGGAUGGAGGCGUCCCGGAAGCGAUCGGGGGCUGGGCCUGUGCGCAGCCGCGGGAGGUGCCGGCGAAGGAGAAGCCGCGGGACUACGAGACGAGCAACGCGCGGGGUGCGGCGGCGGGGAUGGUGCGGCCGCUGGAGCAGCGGCUCUUCAACCGCCAGAAGGACAUCCGCCUCCACCGCGAGGACGAGCGCCGGUUCAAGACCGGCCCCCCCCCUGUGCCCCCCGGGGUCACCUACGGGCGCCCCGCAAGGCCUUCCACUCCCUUCUUCGACCUUCUGCAGCACAAAUACAAGGAGGACUGGAUGGAGGAGCAGAGGGCUCUCAUCAAGGCCGAGAAGGCCGAAAAACAGGAAAAGAAACGGAGGGGAAGGAGCUAUGACACGCGGACGACCAUAUUAAGGCGGUACCAGUUCCCAAUGGGUCGGGACCCUCUCUGGACAAUGAAUCUUUUCCAAAAGGUUGGGCCGCACCUGAGCACCUUUGGGGACCGGGACUCCCGCCUGCGGGCCAUGGCGGCCUUCCGCUCGGAGGUCCCGGUCCGGAUCGGGACCCUGGCCCAGGGACUCUACACCACCGGCCGGUGAGGAUGGACGGACGAAGGGUCGUGAGACAGACGCCUUCCCUGAAGGACACACCAGAGAAUAAACUCUAUAUUAAAAUUUUGCUUUGUUGUGGA